AUGGAGGAACGUCCCACGGGCAUGAGGAGUCUCCCCUUGACGGAAAAAAAAGGCGGGACGAACAGGUUAAUCCAGUCCAGCCCGGACAUCCCCACAAAGGAAGAGCUAGAGAUAUGUUUUCAUCUGCCCAACGGAGAAACUCUUACAAUGAUGGAGAACGGAGGGAUAGAAAUUGGUCACUUGAAGCUAAAGCUAUCGAAAUUGUUGGGGAAACCCUAUCAGAAAAUCUCCUUAACGUACAAUAAUAUGUCCAUGAUGGAUCCUUUGUCUAUUAUCGACGUGAUUAAGAUGGCGAGUUUGGAAAAAAUCCACAUCGAGGUGGGUUAUUCUGACUAA